AUGAUCACAGCUUUCCAGGACAUUUAGCCCCGCAGUAUAUGACUCCCUCAACAGUCCUGCUGAACGAGUUCACUUUCGACCCUGCAUACCCUGAGUUAGGUUAUCUUCAUGAAGUACAUCGUGGAAAAAUUGUAACCUUCCGUCAGGGUGGUCAGGUACUCAUAACGGACGUUUACCAGGAUCCUCUGUUACCAGGUAUCAAGACCUGCGCCAAGGGGGAUCUCCUAGAACCUAUGGGGCUAUUGCAUGAAACCAUACAGGACUUCCCACUUUUCUAUGAAGAGUCUCUUGCUAGUAAUAAUGAGAUCUUGGUACAGAUCACAGUUUUAGGCCAUCCAAUAGGCUUUGAGGACAGGCACACAAGCAUGGCAGUGGUCAGCCCUGGACAGUCCACUCUCCUCAUCCUUCAGGUUAUGAAUGGUAUUGCAUUGGCGCGGUCCACCAUGCCUUCCUGGCUGCCACUGCCCAGCACAAUACCACCGGACUCAUGGCUGCUCGUGGAAACAAAUUGGUUCCGGAUGGUGGAGCAGCCGUGCCGACACAAGCUGCAGUCGCUAGACAAGCUGCGAAACAACGCAAUCGUGGUCAUCAACGUACACGAGACACUUAACUUCACCUUCAAGACCUUCAUGUCUGACACGUUGUCUAGUGCUGAACGCUAUAAGAAGAGAAUGUCGGUGGUUCUAACCAACCCCACCGGCUUCAGGGUGACCGUACACCACUUCUGGGACAAGACCAACAACCACAUGCUCACCCUCAAUAUUUUCAGCCACCUCUGCAAGAAGGGCAUGACGAUGGUGACUGUGUAUAUCCCGGAGGCCUCAUUGAUGUGCAGCAUGACGAGCAUCACCUUCACGCUGCAGAACGCCUGCCCAGAGGGCCUCAGCAUCGUCUACCUGCCCAGCCGGCCAAUCAGCGACUACGAGUGGCUCCAUGGAGACCCCGAGGACGAGAAUGAGGACAGGAUUCUCUACAACCUGCCCGUAAACUACAGGCCUCCCUCCAAGCUGGGUGUGCUGAUUCCGACCACUGAAAACAUCUACAAUGCAGACCCCAGUAAGCCGAUACCCCGACAGCAUUACCCUGUGUCCAAGAACACAGGCAGGUAUAAACAGUGUGCUGGAAAGGCGUCUCUCGAGGAGUGUGGCUGCACUGAUUCUCUGAGGGUGUCACCUCUAGCCAUCUACUCAGACUGCCGACAGAGGGUGCUGAGAAAGAUAUAUCCCCUGAUCAACUUCAACGUCACGCUGUUCCUCAGGAGGGUCAACCAUCCAGACCAGCCUCUACGUUCACCCUACUUUGUGACAGUGACCGAGGUCAACAACCGUACCAACUGGGCCGUCACAGGUACCCAAAGUACCUCCACCUUGGCCAAGAUGAGAGAGUUGCUGAAUACUAUGCACAACCAGACAUUCUUCAACCCGGAAGGCUUGCAGAUCACCUGCUACGGCACUGAGCUCUUCCACUUCCGCAUCUCUGUGAUCCCAGGAGUGGUCCUCUGUGACCUGGUGGACGAGGUUCAGAUCUUUGUGGACAAGGGUCCGCUGGGCUUCCCCGCUGCCUAUGUGAUCAGCUGCAUCACAGCCAUCGGUCUGGGUGGGCUGCUCAUGCUCGGCCUGCUGCUGAAGACCGCCAACCCCUCCAGCGGCGUCCUCAAGACCUUCUGGAGGAAACACAAGGUGGCCCCCGAGUCCAACUAAGGCCCGCGCCACGCAAAGGCCCGCUACACCACCACGACUCUACUCAGUGAAUUAAAGAUGCAGUGUUUAUUCAACACACGGAGAGUACUCUGGGACCAAAUAACGCCUUAGAAGGUCAGAGUUCAAAAGAGUCCUUGUGCACAAGCCCUCAGUAACACAGGUGCAGGUGGGAGGCAGGAUAACUUGAUCAAAAUCAAAAGUUCAGAAACGCUGCACACUGCUUACUAUUGUAUUUUUAUUAUUAUUUCUUGGAAUGAACAAGAAAUAAAACGAGGGAAAAAAGCAGUGUGCAGUACACUCAACUCUCCAAGUGUGGAAUUAACACUGCAUUUGUUUACUGUGUGUGAAAACAAGCCCCUGGUUAGUUGCUUGCUUGUCUUGUUUCUUUUUUUCCGUUUUUGUUUUAGUUAUUUGCAUAUGCACAUUUACUUUAAUACAUUUUUUUGUUACAAAUGACAGAAAUACAUUUUGAAGUGUUGUAGGGCAAACAGCAAAUGUCAUAUAUUGUCCUAUACAGGGAAACAAAGAGUCAAAAACUAAUUAACCUUUUCAUUGACAUUGACAUUGAAAUUGUAACUUUAGUCUCGCCACCGCCUUGUGCUCUAUGAAACAUGAAUUAAUAAAAAAGCAAACAUUGACCUUUUUUUAACAUUUACACCAUCUUUUUUCUCGGUUUCUCCCUAAUUCUUUUAACAGAAACAAGUGCAUGUGCACUAAAUUCCAUAGCAAAUUGGAGGUCUUGGUACAUGAGGCCUCAGAACUCCAAAUUGUAUGUAAUGUGAUUCUUUAGUAUUACAAUACGUUUUCAAACACAUAAUAAGCAAUUGUGAACGUAAGUCCAUGCUGAGCACCAAUGGCUUUUUUCAAAAAUAAACACAAAUAAAAACUAAAUAAAUGCUGACUAAUGUUUUU